GAAAUUUUCUUGACAGAUAACAUCUGACAAAUACUUCUCUAAAAAUAAACAUUACAAAUUACAAGAAAAGUUAAUCAGAAAAUUGCUUUGUGAAAGUAAUAUAUUUUAAGAAAUACGUUAGGUCUAAAAUACAAAUCCAGAAAUAUGUUUUCAAAAAAGAAACCGGAUAGACCAAAUAGAACUAAUCCUGGAAAUUUAGCUCAGUUUGGACUAUUUGAUAUACCACAAAAUUUUGAUCCAGCAAAUCCAAUGGGUGGUUCAGUAGAUUCCGAUGGUGGAGAUAGUGACUUAGAGGCAGAAUUAGCUGCUUUAGCUGGAGGAGGAGGUGCAAAGCCCAGGAAAAAGCCCAAGCAGGGAAUCAAUCAACUUAUGUCCAAACAAGAGUUUGAUGCUAUGGUAUCUGUCAGUUUAAAAGAUGAAGAUGAUGCUGAAGAAGAUGUUGAUGAAAAUGACCCAGAUUUGCUUAGUGAAUUAAAUGAAAUAACUGGUGCUUCUGAUGAGGAAGGUGAGUUAACACCACCAAAAGAAAUAUCUCCUCAGAAAGUGCCAUCUGGUAAUGUGUCAGAAAUUUUAACAAACCGUUUAAAGAACUAUCAAAUAUUGGAAAGGGAAGCUAAGGCAGCUGGAGAAUCUAGUAAAGCUAGGCGAUAUGGAAGGGCUAUUAAAACAUUAAAUGAUUUAAUUAAAAAAGCUAAUGCAGGAGUUGAUAUUAACAUUAAUGAUGAAUCAGUUCCUCCUGAAAUUAUUAUAAAACCAAAACAACCAAACGAUGGUACAACACCUGAAAGUGAGGAUAACAAAACAUCUGAAAAUACAGAUAAUUCUCAAGGAAUCUUAUCUCCAACCAGACCUGCACCGACAAUUCCAAUUAAAACUGACCCUUCUUUACCUGACGUUGUUCAGAACAGUGUGGCUGAAGUAAAAAGUGGCAUAGAUGAAGAACUACUUAAUAUGUUAAUAGAAAGACAGAAAUCUUAUAAAAUUGCGGCUUUACAAGCCAAAAAAUCGGGCAAUAAUGAGCAAGCCCUGAAAUAUGUUAAAAUAGCCAAACAAUUUGAUUUGGUAAUAGAAGCCGUAAAAAAUGGACAGUCGGUUGACUUGUCUGAUAUGCCGGGACCCCCUGGACAGGAUGAUCCCAAGCCAAGGAUUCAAGAAAAUGAAACUCAGAAACAAUCCUCAGAAAUUGAGGUUCCUGAAAUCCCAAGUGACAUACCACAACCUGAAUUGAUAACCGCAGGAACUGUAGAGGAAGCUUUACAGCAAAGAUUAGAAUUUUACAAAUCACAUGUGCAAAAGGCCACAGAAGAAGAGAAUUCAAGCAAGGCAAGAAGGUUUGGAAGAAUUGUAAAGCAGUACGAACAGGCUUUAAAAUUUCAUAGAGCUGGAAAGCCUGUUCCGUUUGAUGAAUUACCAACUCCACCGGGGUUUGCUCCUAUUCCAAUACCAGGAACUGGAAAGGUAACGCCUAGUUCACCUCAAGCGCCUAAACAAGAUGAAACGGCUGUUAGUGAUAGUAAAGAAGGUGGCGUUGCCCCUGCAAAGCCCAAUGCGUCUCGUAUAUCAGGUAAUAGAUCUGCAACAUCGCAUCAAGAAAAGCAAGUGUUAAUUCUGCAAGCCAAACAGAAACAAUUCAAAACAGCCGCCUUGAAUGCAAAGCAGAAAGGAGAGUUGGUACAAGCCAAGGAAUUUUUGCGCCAAGCUCACGGUUUUGACAAACUGAUCGAAGCGGCACAAGCUGGGUUGCCGGUAGAUUGGGCUACAAUUCCUGUCUCGCCCGAAGCAAAGUCACAACUAGACGAUGAAUAUGAAAUAAUCAUGGCCGACGAAGCCACGGAAGAUGGCCAGAGCGACAAUGACGUUUUAUCACGACUCGAAACACAAUUAACUAAACAAUUAAAAAUGUGCUUAAGUACAAGGGAUCAUCAUAAGGCUUUAGGUGAUGUUGCGGGAACAAACAGGUUUGAAAGAUUGGCUUUAAACGUUACUAAAGAUUUAGACGUGAUUAGAGUAUCCAGACGUACAAAUAAUAGAGUUCCAAAGUUCCAUUAUGAGACUAAGGAUUUUGCGAUAGUAAAAAGUUUUACUGAUUUGACAGACAAUGACCUGGAGCUUUUUAUAGUUAGAGGAAUUAAUUACAAAUCGGAAAAUCCCAAAGACAUUGACACCUAUGUGAAAUUCGAAUUUCCAUUUCCACAGGACACGCCAUAUUCAGACAAAACGUCUACAAUAAAAGAUACAAAUAACCCUACUUAUGACCAGACUUUUGUAAUACCAAUUCAAAGGAGUUCUAGACAGUGUCAGAGGGUAUUCAAAAGGCAUGGCAUUAAAUUUGAAGUUUAUUCCAGGGGUUGCGACUGUGGUUGCGCUAGCGACAUCUUUUGUUGUUUCAGCGGAUUCUUCCGAAGCGAUUCUCUGAUUGGUACGGUCAAUUUGAAGCUGCAGCCGUUAGAGACCCAGUGCGAGAUACACGACAGUUUUGACGUCAUGGAUGGACGAAGAAAGACAGGUGGUAAACUAGAAGUCAGAUUGAGGUUAAGAAGUCCUAUAGUUACUCAGCAAGUUGAACAAAUUCAAGAAAAAUGGCUAAUUAUAGAUCAGUAGAGAAAAUAUACACUCUGUUAAUGUUUGCCUAUAAGUAUAACCCUCAUAUUUUUUUAUCAAUUGAUGCAUAUACCUAUUUUUUAAGAUUAUUUUAAUAUAUACUAUUUUGAGAUGUAUAAAACGAAUAUAAUAUUAAUAUCUUUAAUAUUUUUUCAUAGUCUAUUAAGUUCUAGUCUUAAUGCAAAUAAUUUUCAAGUUAUGUUGCUCUAAUGAAUAGUCAACAACAAGUUUAAUUAAGUCAGAUCUAUGGAUGGCCAUUUGUACUUUUUAAAGUAAAAGUCCAAAAUUAUUUUUUGAUGUUUUCUAAGUUGUGUUGUACUUUUAUUCCAAUGUUUUGUAUUUUAAGUUUAGUAAUGUCAUAACGCAAAAAAUGGCAACAGUCAUAUUGAGUAUUUAUUUUAUUAGAGUGAAUAUUAUAUUUCUUGAGACAUAUUUUUUAUAGGUGCCUUAUUGAGUAUGAUUGUAAAUAAUUUUAAAAGAACUUAUAUUUAAUUAUAUUUUGUUAUACCAUGAGUCAUUGUAACAUACAAUUAUUGUGAUUUUUAGCUUAAUAAAUAUAGUAUUUAAUUAAAAA